AUGCUGUACGACCUCAACAUCCCCUGGUCCCCCUCGACCACGACCCGAGACCUCGAGAACACCAUCACGUUCAGCGCAGCCCUCGGCUACAACGUCAUCGCCCUGAACCACAUAAUGGACGGGCCGCUGCCGUCGACCAUCACGAACCCGCUGCCGAAGCUCGACGCCGGUGCUCCCUCCACAUCAUCAUCCGCGAGGGCGCCGCAACCAGCAAACCCAACGACCCCGCGCCGCCCGACCAUCCUCCACCGCGCGACCCUCGUCUACUCCGACCCGGCCCAGAACCACCGCAUGCCCAGCCUCGCGGCCGCCUACGACCUCCUCGCCGUCCGCCCGACCAACGAGCGCGCCUUCACCUCCGCCUGCCUGGCCCUCGCCGACCCGGCCCUCAUCUCCCUCGACCUGACGGCGCGCUUCGACUUUCACUUUCGCCCCAAGCCCUGCAUGGCCGCCGUCGCGCGCGGCGUGCGCUUUGAGAUCUGCUACGCCCACGCCCUGCGCGGCGGCGCGGCGGGCGGCGGUCCCGACGCGGCGCAGGCGCGCGCCGCCUUCAUCGCCAACUUUCAGGCGCUCGCGCGGGCGACGCGGGGCCGUGGUCUCGUCAUCAGCUCCGAGGCCCAGAGCGCGCUGCAGCUGCGCGGGCCGGCCGAUGUCGUCAACCUCUUGGCCGUCUGGGGGCUCGGCACCGAGAGGGGUAUGGAGGCGCUGCGGGGGAACCCCCGCGGCGUCGUCGUCAACGAGGGGCUCAAGAGGACGUCGUACAAGAGCGUCAUUAAUGUUGUCGAGACGGCUGCGCGGGCCGGGGACACGGAGAUGAAGGAUAUCGGGGCAGACGCAGGGACAGGCACGCCGCAAGAGGCCGGCAAGAAGGGCAAGAACGCGACCAAGCGCAAGAACGACGAGUCUGGGACCGCCGUCGGGGCUGAGCAGCCUCAGGCGAUCAGCAAGCGGCAGGCGAAGAAGCUACGGCUAGCUCAGAAGGAGGCGGCGGCGACGACGCCGACGACGACGGAGAAGGCAUAG